AUGUCGAGCUCGGCGGUUGUUUCCGGUGGAGAUUCAAACGCCGCGGAGAAAAGGGAUCAGAUGCUACUUCGCAAUAUAUGCAUCCUGGCGCACGUCGAUCACGGCAAAACCACUCUCGCAGACCAUUUAAUUGCUUCGUACGGCGGGGGCGUCCUCCAUCCGAAGCAAGCUGGUAAGCUCAGGUUUAUGGAUUACUUAGACGAGGAGCAGCGGCGUGCCAUCACAAUGAAGAGCUCAUCCAUCGGUCUUCAAUUCAAGGAUCAUGUCAUCAAUUUGAUAGAUUCCCCGGGCCACAUGGAUUUCUGCGGCGAAGUUUCUACUGCCGCGCGGAUGAGCGAUGGUGCUUUGGUGUUAGUCGACGCAGUGGAGGGCGUUCAUAUCCAGACCCAUGCCGUUUUGCGCCAGGCCUGGAUUGAGAAACUGACGCCAUGUCUGGUUCUAAACAAGGUGGAUAGACUGAUAAGCGAGCUGAGAUUGAGUCCUAUGGAAGCUUACACUAGGUUACUGAGGAUUAUCCACGAAGUUAAUGGGAUAAUUAGUGCUUACAAGUCGGAAAAAUACUUAUCCGAUGUCGAUUCCAUGCUUUCGGUUGCUGCACCAGGUGAAGAUGGUGAAGAGGAUUUUAAUUUUGUAGAGGAUGAUGUUGAGGAUACUUUCCAACCGCAGAAAGGGAAUGUUGUUUUCGCCUGUGCCCUCGAUGGAUGGGGUUUCAGGAUACAAGAUUUUGCUGAAUUCUACACGACUAAGCUAGGGGCAAGCUCGGGUGCAUUGCAAAGGGCUUUAUGGGGCCCCUGGUACUUCAAUGCCAAGACGAAGAUGAUCGUGGGAAAAAAGGGAGUUAGCAAUGUGGCGAAGGCGAGGCCUAUGUUUGUGCAGUUUAUAUUAGAGCCACUUUGGCAAGUUUAUCAGACAAUGGAGCCGGAUGGAGAUAGAAGAGUUCUUGAGAAGGUUAUCAAGUCGUUUAAUUUGUCCAUUCCUCCGCGAGAGCUUCAAAAUAAGGAUCCAAAAACUGUGCUUCAAGCUGUCCUAAGCCGGUGGCUUCCACUGUCGGAUACAAUCUUGUCUAUGGUAGUUAAUUGUAUGCCAGAUCCUGUAAAUGCUCAGUCUUAUCGGAUAUCAAGAUUACUACCGAAGAGAGAUGUUUCUGAUGGUGGGGAUAGCCCUGAUGUAGUUCUGGAGGCGGAAUCUGUGAGGAGAUCUGUGGAGUGUUGUGAUUCCAGCUCUGAUGCACCCUGUGUUGCGUUUGUCUCGAAGAUUUAUGCUGUUCCUGCGAAGAUGCUUCCACGCACCGAGUCUUUCAGCAGUUUUGUUGAUGAUGGAGAUUCUGGAGAGUGCUUUCUUGCAUUUACCCGGAUCUUUAGUGGCGUUCUUUGCGCGGGACAGAAGAUUUUUGUGCUUUCUGCAAUGUAUGAUCCGAUGAAGACAGAGUUAGAGGAGAAGCAUGUACAGGAAGCCAAGCUGCAGUCAUUGUAUUUAAUGAUGGGGCAAGGAUUGAAGCCGGUUUCUUCGGCUAAGGCUGGGAAUCUCGUUGCGAUAUUAGGGCUCGGGCAACAUAUAUUGAAAAGUGCUACCCUUUCAUCUACAGUUAAUUGCUGGCCUUUCUCCAGCAUGGUUUUCCAAGUCUCACCGAUGCUUAAAGUUGCAAUUGAGCCAUCAGAUCCUUCUGAUAUGUCUUCCCUCAUGAAAGGUUUGCGGCUGUUAAAUCGUGCAGACCCUUUUGUUGAGGUCACUGUUUCUUCUAGAGGAGAGCAUGUUCUUUCUGCUGCAGGUGAAGUUCAUCUGGAGAGAUGCAUAAAAGAUCUGAAGGAGAGGUUUGCAAAGGUGAAUUUGGAAGUCUCUCCUCCACUUGUUUCGUAUAAGGAGACGAUCGAAGAUGAGAUAACCAAACCUUUGGAGAAUCUGAAGUUGUUCACUGAAGGCAAUAGUUUUGUGGAGAAGAGAACACCGAAUGGUAGGUGUGUUGUUCGUGUCCAGAUCAUGAAACUUCCGAAGCCUCUUUCUAAGCUGCUUGAUGAGAGUUCGGAACUGCUAAGAGAUAUAAUGGGAGAAAAAUCUAAACAGACUUUGAAGAGCUUGGAAACGUCGAGGGGUAGGAUAGUGGAGGAUGAAAAUCCAAUCGAAGCAUUCAAUAAAAGGAUGAUGGAUGCUAUAGAGACUGACCUUCUCUCUGGAGAGAUUGACGAUGAACGCGUUGAGAAAUGUAAAAGCUUGUGGAAGAAUCUGUUGAAAAGGAUUUGGGCAUUGGGUCCUGGUCAAGUUGGCCCGAAUAUUUUGAUUACUCCUAAUAGAGGGAAAAGAAUGGAGGGUUCUGUUCUUGUCAAGGGUUUUCCUUAUGUAUCUGAUAAAUUGGGUCUCAGAGAUGUCGACAAUGGUGCAGAAACUGAAGAUGCAGAAGACGAAACACUAUCAAAAGAGGCCGAAAGUUUGGAGAGCAGUGUUUUCUCUGGAUUUCAGCUAGCUACUUCAUCUGGUCCUUUGUGUGACGAACCCAUGUGGGGCUUGGCAUUUGUUGUCGAGGUUUUCAUAUCACACACUGAUCGGCAAUUAGAUGAGGAUAAUGGAUCUGCACAGCAACAAGAACAGCAGGGCAUUCUCACGGGACAAGUUAUGUAUGCUGUUAAAGAGGCUUGCAGAGCAUCGGUGCUCGAGAGGAAACCAAGGAUUGUCGAGGCUUUGUACUUCUGUGAACUGAAUACCCCAGCCGAGCAUUUAGGAGCCAUGUAUGCAGUUCUUUCUCGGAGGCGAGCUAGAGUAAUCAAAGAGGAAAUGCAGGAAGGGUCAACAUUGUUCACCGUGCACGCAUAUGUUCCCGUAUCCGAGAGCUUUGGAUUUUCGGAUGAGCUGAGGAGAUGGACUUCUGGAGCUGCAAGUGCCCUGCUUGUUCUUAGUCACUGGGAAACACUUUCGGAAGAUCCAUUUUUCGUGCCAAAGACAGAGGAGGAAAUCGAAGAAUACGGAGAUGGUUCCAGUGUGCCUCAGAAUACUGCUAGAAAACUCAUCGAUGCUGUGAGGAGACGGAAGGGCCUUAAGGUCGAGGAAAAAGUUGUUCAGCACGCAACCAAGCAGAGGACUUUGGCUCGAAAAGUGUAGAAGCUACCAGCAUUGAAUAUUAGCUUGGUUCAACCCCGUGGCUUCGCCUUUCUGUGGACAUUUCGAAUAAUGUCCAGCAAUUUGAUCAUUGAUGUCAGCAGCAACUUCUUGGCAAGAAUGGGGCAAGCACGGGCCCUUCUGCCAUUCUGAUAGCCGUACCCCUGCUACGCUUCGAUCUUAUUCUUGUAUUUUCGAAGCAUUUAAAAAGAUGUUAGCUGUGACGAAGAGUAUGAUAUGAAGCAGCAGAAUUUGGCUUUGGGCGCUGCAGAUGGAAACUGGCAAUGGCUUGUGUCAAAUGUGUCUGAUUUGUGCAAGAAGAUGGAUGGAAUUUGGGGAGAGGCAUUUACCAUAUGACAUCAAGAACAGUGUUGGUUUCGAAAGGAUGAUCGUUAUCGAGGUAUGCUCUAGUUCCUUUACCGACAGCUGAAGUUGCUUGUUUUCACUAUGUAUGUGUCUGAUGUUCGAAGGGCUUUUUGUAGUAUUCUAAUGUGGUUUCGAUUCGUGAAGAUGGCGCUUUUGUACGCGAUAUUAUAACUUGUUGUGUUGUCGAUGGAUAUAUAUCCCAUUGUUUAUACGAAAAUUUGCUUGAAUGAAACAUUUGUGCUAA